AGUAAGUGCUAGGAGCACGAUAAGAUGGAAGAUCUCAUGGUUAGUUAGGAUAGGAUAGUAUAAAGUCGAGGCGAGACCUCAUCGUUCCCAUUAUCAAUAACCCUUUUCUCAUCAUCCUCACCAUCCUCACUAUCCAAGCUUCCAACACAGCAACUACACAUUCUCAUCACUUGCAAAACCUGCCUCCAUUUUCCUUACCAUUUCCACUCCGUUUCCCUAUUUCCAAAAUGAAGUUCCACUUUGUCCUCCUUAGCACCAGCAUCUCGCUUGCUGCUGCUAGGCCUUUGGGUCAGUCCGCUGGUGUUUCCGCCCAAGGCUUCCCGGCGGCCGAAUUUGACCGCCGUGGUUUGUUUGGAAAGUCGACCACGGCCCCCAAGACCGGAAACACCCCGGCAGCACCCAAGACCGGAAACACCCCAGCAGCACCCAAGACCGGAAACACCCCAGCAGCGCCCAAGACCGGAAACACCCCGGCAGCACCCAAGAAUGGAGCUCCGCCGAAGGGGGACUCAAAAACCUCCAAGCCCAAGUGCAGGCGCGGCAAGUCGCAGCACGGCGGCAGCAACAACGGCGAGGCCACCGAGUGCGACGCCGCCGCCGCGCCGGCCGUCAAGGUCCCCGUCAUGAGCGUGGCCGAGUGCAAGGCGCACCUGGACGCCGCCGCGGGCUCCAAGCUGCUCUUCUGGUCGAGCGUCAAGAAGCAGGCCAACGCGGCCCUCAAGGACGCCACCAAGUACCCCCAGCUGGUCGGCUACAAGACUCUGGGCGACAUCACGACGCCCAAGAACUACUACGACACGUACAUGGCCGAGAUGAAGGCGGCCAAGAAGGCCGGCACCGCCGGCGCCGUCGACGAGAUUACGGCUGACGACAAGUACUGGAACGACUGCUCCCAGGCCUUCGCAUCCAUCGCCACCGGCACUGUCUACGUCAUGCUCCCGGCCAACGGCGGCUCCGGUGUCACCUGGGGCUCGCGCGCGCAGUCGCACUGGGCCCAGCACGAGUUCCCCAUCAUCUGCAAGGGGACCGCCGUUACCAAGCUGGUCCGCAUCAACGCCGACACCGGGGUAGAGGAGGACAUCACGACGCUGGUCAAGGAUCUGCGCACGACUGGCAAGUGCCCGGCGCUUGCUGCUUAGAGCACGAGCAAUCUCAAGAGAUUGACAAUAGAGUUGGAUGUCGUGGGUGCUGCAUUCUGGCAAAACAUGGUUGAAUUUUCGGUAUAGGUUUUAUUUGGGAUCGGCGUUGUUGGUUGGGAUUGGUAGCAUCAGCAUUGGCGUGGUAUAGGUGUGAUUUAGGCUUGGUUUAAGCUUUGUUUAGGCGUUGUAAGCGUUUGAUAUUACAUGAUUAAACUGCCAAGAAAAUCAAAAAAUCAAAAAAAGAACGCGAAAAGAAAACCACAUCGAGCAAGGAGC